AUGAUGAAACGGCUGUACACAACAACGUUCAGACAGAAACCCGACCGAGGGGAGAGCGACGGAGUUGCGCAGCUCGAGCGUGUCGAAUCCCUGCUUGUAAAACAUCAACAAAGUCGAGAUGGAGCGGAUGCAGAUGACCGCAUGCUCGGGGAGGCAUCCUCGCCAAUCUUCAACGUGGACUACUACCAAGAUGCAAGACGACAGGUGUACAACGAGUCUCUCCUGUUCAGAAAUACUGCCUUCUACGCAAACAAAGUCCACCUGGAUCAGCGCUUGGAUGAGCACCACUUGCUGCGCAUGCACGUGGCGGCUCUGGAGCGGUCGGAGCGCAACGGGCCCCUGCUGAUGCCGGACGAAUUCCUGUUUCUGGAGUCCGCAGAGAGUGCCGGCUUUCUCGCACCGGGAACCGCCCACGUGUCGCCAGUUUCCCAGCUGUUGGGCUCCACCAUCGCGCCGGCGCCAGGGGGCGUGCCGGGGUCGGCUUUGCACCGGACCUGCUCCACGGACGGCGUCGGGCCGUACCCGCUGGCGACUGCAGGCGCGUUCGCCGGACAAGCGCCCGGCGCGGGGAGUCCCGGGACUUUCCAGGCCAGCCCGCCGGGUUCCCGAGUCCCCUCGAUCGGAGCCGGAGGCGCGGCCGCCGGAGACAGGGGCGCCCGCGAGAGAGUGGCGGCUGUUCUCAGCGGUCACUUGGGGGCAGAGAGCAUGCAAGUCUGCAACGUGGGCGGCGAGCCUCACGUCCUGGACUGGCGCGCCUGGGUCCAGCGGCAGAGAUACCGCGGCUGGUUCAACAACGAGGCCUUGUUUUACAUGACCGUCUUGGGCGGGAUUGUCGGCGGCCAAAAUUUCACGAUCUUCUGGGGCCAGCUGCAAGUGUGGAAAAGCAGCAUGUUCUUCCUCCCCUUCCUCGUCUACGUCUUGGGCGUCGGCCUGCCGACGAUCCAGUUGGAGAUUCUGAUGGGAAAUCUGUUUCGCGGAUCGGCAAUCAAACAGUUUACCCAGAUCAGCCACAAGUUCGUGGGCGCCGGCAUUCUCUGCUUCCUCAGUUGCCUCCUCCGCGUCGUUCUUCUCGCCAAUCGCAGUGCGCAGCUGCUGGUCUACUUUAUUGCGAGCGUCAACACUCCGCACCCGUGGGAGUUGACCGCGCAAGACCUGCACGACUGCCUCAUCUUGAGUGGCCGCAAAUUCCAGUGUGAAGCGUCGAUGCACGGCACGCUCUGCCACUACAUUGACGAGGAAGACGUCUGUAUGGCAUCGCCAACCGGGAAGGCGACCUACUACUACCUCAAGGAGCUUCAGCCCUCUACGAUUGACUCAAGCAUCAACCCAGACCAACUGCAGGGAAAGUACAUCGGCGCGGUCGCCCUCGUCUGGCUUUACAUACUCGCCUACAUAUGGCGGGGCCUCUUCAAGCUCGGAUUCUUGUCUGCGAUCUUGAUGUUUGUUGCGGGCGUCCUGUGCGUGACCCUCAUGAUGGUUUGCUUCUUUGGCGACUCUGACUCGGGGAGAGACAUCGGGUCCGUAGUUCGGUCCACGUUUGAGAUGGGGCAAAUCUUGUCGGCGCUCAAAAUGUCGCACCUGACGUCCUCGGUCAUCCAGUGCAUCUUCGACGACCUCUCCCUCGGCUACGGAGUCUUUGGCACCGUCGGGAGCUUCACAAAGAUUGGCUACAACGCGAUCCCCAGCGUCGCCUAUGCAACCCUCGUCAACUGCACGAUGUCUCUCUUGGCCUUUGCGGCUCUUCUCGCCGCCAUCGGCAGCAUCCAGGCUGACACCGGAGUGUCUGUGAGUCACUUGGUCUCGAAGACUCGAGGAGCGACGGCGUACUUCGUCAUUUUCCCGGCCGCCUUUACGCGCGUCUCUGUGCCGAAUGUUUUCGCCAUGUUUUUGUUCGGCGGUAUUUUCGUCCUGAACACCCAAGUCGCCGCCGUGUCGAUCAACACCAUGAUUAACAUGGUUGCGGAGGCGCGCGUCUGCCCGAAGCGACACAGGAAGCUCGUGUCGACGAUUAUGGUAGUCAUUUGUUUCCUCUUCUCGAUCCCUUUCUGCGGAUCCAACCAGCAAGUGCGCGUCGACUACUUCAAGUACCUUAUGGUAACGUUUUUGAGUCCCGUCGUGAUUUUUCUGGAGGCAAUUGCCCUCGGAUGGUUCCACAACUACCGCGUCCAAAUCCGCUUAGCCGGACAGAAAGCGUAUUUUUCGCACGUCGCAGCAUGUUGGAUCUUCACAGUGCUGUACACCGCCCUGAUGGUGUUUUUCUCGGGCACGCGGCCUACACCCCUUCUUGUCGUCCCCUUGGUCAAUUCGGCGUUCGCGGCCGUUUUCGCCUUCGUCUUCAAAGAUCCGCAAGCGGCGCCAGAUUUUGCGACGCGUUUUUGGGCGCUCUGGCUGGGCAACAUCGAGACGUUCAGGCGCGACGUGUGUCGCGUGACGCUCUUCCCACCACGCUCAAGCAGACCUGCGCAAGUUUGUCUGAGUUUCUUCAAGCGCCUCUUCUGCUCCUGCUGCAGUGCAGGACCGUUCUUCCUCUGCAGACCCUCAAUGUACUGGUCUUUCUGCGUAAAAUACGUCCUGCCGGCGGCCGCUCUUCUUCCUGUCUUCCAAGGUCUGACCGAAUUCGACGUGCACUGGACAGAAAUGGCGCCUUCUCCAAACCUCCGGAACGCGGGGCUCGCCCUCAUCGUCCUCGUCUAUGCUGCUGCUGGGAUAGUCGUUUUUAUUCCUCAGAUCCAGUGGUGGUUGUGCCCCCCGCCCGAGGACUACAUGCCCAUAAAAAUGUUCCCGCACCACGCGUACAAGCCUACUCCUGCCCCGCCGCUGACGCGCUCGAUUGCGCAGCUCUUCCGGGAAUUCCUCAGUUCCUCGUAUGAAAUGUCUUCGCACCUGGCUGGAGUCGUCUCGGACUGCCGCAUGCAUCACCAGAGACAGUCUCAAUUCCUGCGGGAUAUGGCCGCCACCUUCCCGGCCGAGGGCACCGCCGAAGCCUACCGCAGCAGCCACACAUCCUUUCCCGACACGCGCGUUGGACGUCGGAGCCAUGGAAGCAACGACGGCAGCGAGAUCGUUCGCCGGCCGGUUUCUGCGAAGCCCUCCAAGGCGUAA